AUGCCACGAGGCAAUAAAGCACGAGUUCUAUGGAAUCAGGACAUAGAUGUGUAUAACCCUGAGGUUAUUCCCAUGUCUAUUGCCCGAGAGAUCCUGCGACAUUUACCAGUUCCAGAUCUUCUCAUUUUUUCUCAAGUACUGAAGAACACCUACCGUGCCGCCCAAGAUCCUCAGCUAUGGACGUCAAAAUUAUCAGCCAUGGGCUUAUGGUCGACGGCUCAGCCCCCUCAACUGAAACACAUACCAUUGAAACCGCUUGACAACCCAUUGACUGGAGUGGACCAUGUCGUCCGUGCCCCUAAAGCAGCUAAAGCUCAGGUGAUCCGGUUGUAUCGAGCAUUGCUGCCCUACUAUUACGACUUAAUGACUACACAAGCCUACGAAAACCUUAAAUUACUUCGACAGUUUGACACUCCUGAAGAUCAAGCCAGAAUUCUCAAUAAUUUGUUGAUGAUCAACAGAAUCGACACGGAGCCGCUGGCGUCUGUCGUUAGAGAUAAGUUGCUUUCCUUGAUCGAAAUUUUUGAAAGUGCCUUGCUUCGAGAGGUUGAAAUCCAUUUUGAUGUUGAAGAUUGGAAGUCGGCUCGUCGGUUUGUGACGGUGUUACUUUCGCUCCAAAAUCAGCAUACGCUUAUAGAUUUCUUCUUACAGAAAGUUGACGCCGCCGGUUUGAUGUCAAUCACUGAUCAAUUCUCUUGCGAGAAGUAUUUCGACGACGAAGGCCGUCCAGUCGAAGAAGAAUUCCAGCGGCUCCUCAAGACAGUCAUUGAUGUAUUCAAUCACCAAGCGGAAGUGGUAGACGCUAUGUUCCCCAAGGAGGUUCCGAUUAUGGCUAAAGUUUGCGAGGAGAUAAUUGCCAACCAAUUGAACCUGAUUGUUUUGAGUUUGGUGGCUUAUUCGAAGAAGUAUCCUCAACGCUACGUUGAGACAAUUCCUUACAUAUAUCAGCUGUUUACAUCGAAAUUCGUGGAGCAGCUCAUUCCUCUGGAGAAUAUUGGCAGCAGCUACAAAGAAUUGGUUAUUGAGCUCAUGGACAUGAUGUUUGAGCUGGUGGUGUCCGAAUAUGUUCGUGACGAGAUCUCAAGAGUCCGUGAGCAGUGCUCCGAUAACAUCAAUCAGUGGAUUAAAGAAGUAUCCAUGCGAGAGCAGGAGACACAGCAACAGAUCUUGAAGCAUGUUAAAGUUGAAACCAAGAAUGCCUUCUUGUCGAGUUUCAAAAAGAUGUUCGUUCCUACCAGCAAACUGGGGGAAGCUGACGCAGAGCCUGCUGAGCAGUACCUGGAAAUUGAGGCAAAAGCAAAGAUUUUGAGUGCAAACAUCCAGCUGCUCACCCUGAUACUUCUGCCAGAGCUUGUGCUCACGACACUUAACUAUGGGAAGGAAGGCUUACAUAGACUCGCGGUUUUCCGCAAUUACCUGAUGGCAGGAUUACGUCUGGACAUUCUUGCGACCAUGCAAGAGAUGUUUGUGGAUAUUAUCGAAACAAUUGGCACCAAUCAUUUGCGCCCUGGAUUUGACCGGGCCAUGCGCUAUCUUCAGACAUAUAACCCUAACCUGGCAACAUAUACUCUGGACCAUCACGAAACAUUUGAUCAGCCGCUUGUGCUUUUCUUUGAACUCAUCAACAUGGCUGAUUUGAUCAUUCAAAUGAUAGACAUCUUCUACAAGGAAGAGUUCAUUAACAAUCACUUGGUGAAGCACGAAAACUCAAUUUUGAAUCCUGCGCUUCAACACAAAAAGGGAUUGGAAGCAAUUGUUGAUCAUUAUGUUGCAGAUGGUCUCAACGUCGCGUUGGAAAUUCUCGUUGACAAAAUUGAGGAAGUAUAUCGCACUCAGUUGCGGCCGGAAGAUUAUGACCCUCCAGCACUGGCGGCAUUGGGGCAUACUGCCGCCGGAUACCAAGCAGUCCAAGUUCUAGAGGAAAACAUGGAUCUAUUGGUGGAUCUGGCCGACAGACUGAUUGUCGACGUCUUUCAACAAGAAAUAGCCGAGAGAUUCUUCCAGGUGCUUGUUAAGAUUCUCAAAAAGUCCACUAUUCUGGUUCAGGGCGCCACGAACUUGAUCAGUGACUUGAAUAUGUACUGUGAUUUUAUCAGGAGUCAUAUUCGAACCAAUAAGCGGUUGGUAUUACCCUUGUUCGAAUCCCUCAAGAAAGUUGGGAACAUUUAUCUCAUAUCAGGCGACGAUUCCAAAGCUAUCGCUAAGCUUGUCAGUGACUUGAGUAAGUUCAACGGGAUUUUCAGUCAAGAAGAGAUCUACGAAUUUGUUCAGAGACGAAAAGACUGGACCCAAGUCAAGCGACAUGUUGAGAAAGUUAUGUAUGGCUUUGGCUUCGGCGACUGCGUUAUUAUAUAG